AUGAAUAUGCAAGGAGUGGAAGUUACGAAGGUAGAAGAGUUUAAAUACCUAGGAUCGACGAUGCCCAGCGAUGGAAGGUGUCCAACAGAAGUGACAAAAAGAAUUCAGGCAGGAUGGGGUGGGUGGAGAAAAGUGACUGGUGUGCUGCGUGACAGAAACAUGCCUGCGCCAGCGAGAGGGAAAAUCUACCCGUGUCAGCCCAGCUAUGUUGUAUGGUAUGGAGACUGUACCAGUGACAAAAUUGCAGGGAAAGAAAAUGGAGAUGGCGGAAAUGAAAAGGUUGCGCUUCUCACCAGGACUGACGAGAAAGAACAGAAUCAGAAGCGAGAGCGUGAAGGAGGUCCUCAGCGUGGGGAGGUUUGGAGGAAAAGCUUAAGAGCGGGACGAGGAACACGUGGGGAACAGAAUGCUGGGAAUGAAACCACUUGGGGAACGGAAGGGAGGAAGACCAAAGACACGGUGUACGGACACGAUUGA